AUGGGAACGUUUUUGUUGUUCAUUCUCUUGUUGAUCAACUUGGCUUCACAGACAAUACCGAUACAUGCCGGGAAGUUAUCAUCAGAGGAAUGGCAGACACUUAAUGGUGAGCAUCCGAUGGUAAUAGCAAGAGGUGGAUUUACAGGGAUUUUUCCUGACUCUAGUCCGUAUGCUUACCAGUUUGCAAUGUCAACAAGCUUGCCCGACUUGGCUUUGUAUUGUGAUUUACAAUUAUCAAAAGAUGGCGAAGCAAUAUGUCAAACAGAGCUCAAGCUUGACAAUACCACAAAUAUAGCAGUUGUAUUUCCCAAAAGAGGAAACACUUACAAAGUGAAUGGGAAAGAUAUUGAGGGGUGGUUUGCCGUGGACUUUACAUCCACAGAAUUAUUCACCAAUGUAUCAAUGGUUCAAGGCCUCAUAUCUCGACCAACGCUCUUUGAUAAUUUUCUUCCAUUCUUUGGAGUUGAAGAUGUAAUAGGGCUUAAACCCGCUCACAUUUGGUUGAAUGUGCAGUAUGACAUGUUCUAUACACAACACAAGCUGAAUAUGGCAUCAUUCAUUCUAACGACAUCGAGGAGAACGGCUAUCAGCUACGUAUCAUCCCCUGAGAUUGGUUUCUUGAAAAGCUUAAGUGGGAAGAUUAACAAAGUCAAGACAAAGUUAAUCUUCCGCUUCCUAGAUAAAGAUCUAGUUGAACCAACGACAAAGCAAAGUUAUGGUUCAAUCUUGGAGGAUCUGUCUUCAAUCAAGCCCUUUGUUUCUGGGAUACUUGUCCCCAAGAACUACAUUUGGCCUGUCAGUGCUGGCCGCUAUUUAGAAGCCCCAACUAGCCUCGUAACUGAUGCUCAUAAACUAGGACUAGAAGUAUAUGCUUGUGGUUUUGCAAAUGAUGUGACUACAAGCUAUAACUAUACUUAUGAUCCUACGGCUGAGUACUUGCAAUUCAUUGACAACAGUGUUCAGUUCUCUGUUGAUGGCUUUCUUACUGACUUUCCUCCCACUGCAUCCGAAGCCAUUGGUUGCUUGGCACAUACCAAGAAAAACAACAAAACCGGCAAAGCUUUGAUCAUAAGCCAUAAUGGAGCCAGCGGAGUCUUCCCAGGCUGCACUGAUCUGGCUUAUCAGCAAGCAAUUGAUGAUGGGGCCGACAUAAUAGAUUGUUCAGUUCAGAUGUCAAAAGAUGGAGUGGCCUUCUGCUUUGAUACACCAGACCUCGCAACAGAUUCGAAUGUGAUGACUUCUUUCAUAUCUCGAGCUAGUAUGGUUCCCGAAAUUCAACCUCAGAAAGGGAUCUUCUCAUUUGAUUUAACAUGGAGCGAGAUUCAGAGUUUGAAACCUCAACUCAUUAGCUCCACAGCUAAUUAUGGCUUGGUCAGAAAUCCGGAAAACAAUGGGAAGGGUAAGUUUCUUACGCUCAACGAAUUCCUGGAGAUGGCGAAGGCAAAGGCAGUUUCAGGAAUCUUGGUUAACAUUGAGAAUGCUGCCUACCUUGCAUCAAACAAGGGUUUUAGCAUAACAGAUGCUGUUGCAAAGGCCUUGAGAAAUGCGACUUUUGACAAGCAAGUUACUCAACAAGUUCUGAUUCAAUCAGAUGACAGUGCAGUGCUUACAGAGUUCAAGAAGGUCCCCACUUACAAGAGAGUCCUUUACAUAAAAGACGUAACAAGUGGUGCACCUAAGUCAACUGCAGAGCAGAUCAAGAAGUUUGCAGAUGCAGUUAACCUCCAAAGAUCCUCAGUUGUCCAUACUACGGAUUUCUUUACAACGAGUUACUCGCACAUUGUGAAGGAUCUGAAGGCUGCUAAUAUCUCUGUCUAUGUUUCAGUUCUCAGAAAUGAGUAUACAGUUAUAGCCAUUGACUUCUUCUCAGAUCCAAUUAUGGAGAUAGCAACCUAUGUUUCUAAUACAAUCGGAGUUGAUGGGAUUGUGACGGAAUACCCAGCAACUGCAACUGCAUACAUGAGAAGCCCAUGUUCCAUUCCUGAAAACGAAAAUCUCUCUUACAACAUCCUACCAGCUUCAGCUGGUAAUUUGCUCGAAUUGGCUCCGCCAGAAGUCUUGCCACCUGCAGAGGCCCCUGUUCCACCACUUGAAGCGGCAGAUGUCAUCGAUCCACCACUACCCCAAGUAGCAGUAGUUGCCUCUAAAAAGGCUCCUGCCCCUGCACCUGCUGGGGCAUCAACUAAAAGCAGUCAACCAGCAAACACUGUCAAUCUUGGUCUGGGUUUAGUGGCCAUUAUGGUUCUCUGUCUUCUGUCUUUAAGCUAUUAACAUUGAUUUAUAUGUGGCAGUAAUGUUUGCAACUUGGUGUUUCUACAUUUAUAAUUGACUAGGCCUUGCACGA